CGGGUCUGCAGGGGCGGAUACGGAAGCAGCGCUGGGAGCUGGGAGGGCGGGUCGGGGGUCGUGGGACCCGCAUGGCUGCGGCGCGGAGGCACGUGUUUGUUGAAAAAGUGCUGAAGAGACUUUUUCCUCAGGAUCCACGUGGCCGAGGAAAGGGGGCGCCUCUGCCUGCAGCCUCCGAAACCCCUCCCCAGAAGGAGAGAUGGCGGCGCGUCCCCCCGCUGGCAGGUGGCGGCACUGGGACCCCGCCUGGCCGGCGGCUCUACACGGUGGCCUUGCCUCCUGAGGGCUACGUUCCUGCCCCUGCCCAGCCCGAGCCGGAGCCGGAGCCGGAGCCGGAGCCGGAGCCGGAGCCGGAGGUGCCCAGCUGCACGGAUUCCGAGGGCUCCUCCGGCUGCCAGGACGCGGCAGAUCAGGAGCCUCCCGAUCAGCCGAAGAGAAGGAGGAUUCGGAAGCAUAAAUCAAAGAAAAGAGCCGGCCGUCCCAGCGGCCUUCCUGCGGAGGAGGCGCAGUCAGAGGAACAGCGGGGUCUCCGAGAGGAAAGACCCCAGCCCCAGGGCGCAGACGGCCCCGCCAUCAGCAAAAACAAGAAGAGGAAGCUGAAGAAGAAGCAGCAGGUGAAAAGGAAGCGAGCAGCCGGCCUGCUGACCAAAGCCGCCGGCCUCAGCUUCCUGUACAUGCCCGGUGGGGGCGACUCGGAGCCCGGGGACUCCAGCGAGGGGGCCGGCGGGGGCGACUCCGACGCCGAGGACCCAGGGGGCGCCGGGGACAAGGAGGACCGGGGGGACAGCAUGGACGCCCAGCAGGACCGGGGGGACAGCGUGGACGCCCAGCAGGACCGGGGGGACAGCGUGGACGCCCAGCAGGACCGGGGGGACAGUGUGGACGCCCAGCAGGACUGGGAAGGCAGCGUGGAUGCCCAGCAGGACCGGGAAGGCUCCAACGCCCAGGCAGAGGGUGUCCUGGAUUUUUUGAAGUCGACACAGGAAAUGUAUUUUUAUGAUGCUGUCUCCAGGGGCGCGGACCCCGCCUUCCUGGAGGCCUCGGAGGCGCUGCUGAGGGGCCUGGCCGCGGGCAGCGUGCCCCCCUCCGACCUGCGGGCCCUGGGCUACAUGAAGGCACUGCUGCUGCUACAGGACCGGGGAGCACUGCAGGGUGCCCUGCAGGCGUUCCAGGAGCACUGCGCCCUGCCACCAGACCAAGCCCGAGUGGUGUCCGCCUUCUUCAGUUACUGGCUCUCCCACAUCCUUCCCGAGAGCCCGGAGAGCCAGCCCGGAGCAGCGCCCGAGAGCUGGCCGAGCCAGGAAGCCUGACCGGAGAGGCGGCUGAGCUCGCGCCGACACGGACCACGGCCCGCGGCCUGCAGGCCGGUCCUGCACGGAGCUUACUGCGCGCCCCCGUCCGCCGGCGCCUGAGGCCCCUGCAGGCGGGCCGAGGGGAGGCUGCCGAAUCCGGAACCGCCCCGGUGCUGCGGCAGUUUAACUGCUCUGUGCGGGGAGGGAGCCGUCUGUUUUUAUAAUAAAGUGUGAGGUUACCUUGUCCUAGAAGUCCGUCUGGAGGAUGCUGUGGAUGCUGUGCAUGCUAGGAUGCUGCGGUGCAGGCAGUGUGAUCCGGUUUCAUCUGCUUCUCCGCACCGGGGCGAAGUGUGGACAGCAGGGUCACCCCCUGCACCCUGCCCCAGGUACACCUCACCUGGGGGGCGGGCGCUAGCGGUGCUUCCCGGCCAGAGGCCCGUCCCCCUGUGGUGCCACGCUCCGGGGGCCUGGCUCCAUCCUGAAAAUGCUGGGAGCACUGCGCAUGCCACCAGGUUCGCGCCCCGACAGGGCUGGGGUCGCCCGUGGGGUCAGGAGUCAGGCGUAGCAGUGACCGGACAUUGCCUUCCACGGGUCCACGUCUGACCCACUGAAGUCCACACUCACGGGGCCACGUGAGGGACCAGCGUCACUUUUCCUCCACGUUUCUCAGCCCCGACGGCAGGCUGUGGGCUGCUGACUCUGCGCCUCACGUAUGUCCUCCGCUUCGCUCCACGCACCACGCUGGCAGCCUGGUCCUGCCUCUGGGCUCAUGGCUGCUCUCUCCUGGCUUUACUGUUCAUGUUUAUCCUUUGAACAGCUUCGUCAGGGUGUAACUGCUAUUAAAAGCCGUUCGAUGGCUAGGACUUCAUGAGAUGACAUAUCUGAACACCCACAAAGCCAGCAAUCGGCAAGCAAGCACUCGGCCCUGCACUCUCCUUCCUGCUUGUGGGGCAGACAGUGCAGAGGGCAGGUCCGCUCACACCUCCGCCCGGAGCCCGAAGCCCGAGGGGAGGCGUGUCCCCGCACUCGGCCUCUGGCUGCACCUACAUCUCCUUGUGGCUUUUCCUGCGGGGCCACGGGACUGGGACUCGGUGUUCCCCCACAGCCGCAGCCUGGCUCAGCGCGGAGACCCCGGCGCUGGGGGAGGGCAGGCUGCCCCCGGCCUCCGAGGCCACCGCAGCUGUUCUGCAGGGCGAGGUGGGCGGGGCCUGUUUUCUGGAACAAGGUGGCUCCGCACAGGGGCGCCCUCCCCCCAGGGCUCGGGGCCCAGCCCUGCGCCUCAGCCACAGGCCUCCCCUG